AUGAGUGGUUAUGGGCCCGAAAAUGACUUUGGGAGUGAAGAACGCUCAGUCGAAAACAGCAACGAUGGGAGGAUGAGAUUUCGCAGGAGAAAAAUGGAGAGCUUCUCAAGCCCAUUUGUUGGCAAGAACGUUUUCGAUAGAUAUGCAUACAGAGCCGGAUAUGGAUCUUAUAAGGGUGAACUACCAAGAAAUCAAGAUUUGCACAUGUACGUCAAUAUUGUUGAGAUGGCUACACCUAGUUAUGGACCAACUCCAGAUUCCAACGCCCUUUUCGGAGCAGGUCCUUAUCUGUUUACCAACGAUCUCGAUUCAAGUUUUGGGGCGCAUACUUUUUAUGGUGUCGAGCAUUCACUCAUUCCAGAGCAGUACUUCCAAGCAAGAUCACGAACAACUCCUAACCACUUCUAUAAUCGCCUAAUGACAUAUUUCAAUAAUUACGGACGCUACGAGCCCAGAAACUUUGCUAAGAGAUCUGAAUGGAAGUUUGCAGACGAUAACUUUGACGAUAGCUACAGGAAACGAGAAGGAUCAGCUGCUGAUUCUGAAGAGGAAAACUAA